AUGUGCCGUGUAAGCCCCGUGGAUUCAAUUGAACAAUAUUCUGGUAAUGGGUUUGGUAGUCUGACUGAAAAACAUUAUGAUCAUAGAGAAUCAGGUAGUACUAGUACUAGUACUAGUAGAGCUCUACCUCCAAGGCCUCGACGGAUAAUUUUGGUUCGGCAUGGGCAGAGUGAAGGAAAUGUGGAUGAGAGUGUCUACACUAGAGUUUCUGAUCCAAAGAUCCGAUUGACAGAGAAAGGUAUUGCUGAUGCUGAGGAAUGCGGGAAGAGGAUCAGGGAGACGAUUGAGAAAGACUGAGUUGAAGAUUGGAAGGUCUACAUCUAUGUGUCUCCUUAUAGAAGAACAGUUGAAACACUCAAGGGGUUAGGGAAAGCAUUUGAGCGCUCAAGAAUUGCUGGGAUGAGAGAAGAACCUCGCUUAAGAGAGCAAGAUUUUGGGAAUUUUCAGGAUAGGGAGAGGAUGAGAGUGGAGAAAGCUAUGCGUAUGCUUUACGGUAGAUUCUUUUUCUGGUUUCCUAAUGGGGAAUCUGCAGCUGAUGUUUAUGAUAGGAUUACAGGAUUCAGAGAAACAUUGAAAUCGGAUAUCGAUGUGGGACGGUUUCAGCCACCAGGAGAGAGAAAUACAAACAUCAACUUGGUGAUAGUUUCGCAUGGCCUAACGCUGAGAGUGUUUCUGAUGAGAUGGUACAAGUGGACAGUGGAGCAGUUCGAGGGCAUCAACAACUUUGGUAAUGGAAGCAUGGUUGUUAUGGAAAAAGGCUACGGUGGAAGGUAUAGUUUGUGCAUGCAUCACUCAUAAGAAGAGCUAAGAGAGUUUGGAUUCUCAAACGAAAUGAUAGUUGAUCAAGAAUGGCAAAAGUAUGCAAGACCUGGUGAGCUGAACUAUGAUUGUCCAACAUUAAAUUCCUUCUUCACCCACUUUGGUGAAGAUGAUCGAUGA